ACAAUGGAAGCAAACGAGAUAAAGGUCCUUAAUCGUUGUGCCAAGGACAUCAAGAUUUCUGUACUGGUGUCAUCAAGUAUUCUUCAGCGCCUCGAGUUUAGAGGAAUGUUAUCUCGACAAGACAGAGAAUAUCUCAGUAGACUGCAGGACAGCUGUGACAGAAAUCCCAAACUAGUGGAAAUGUUAAAGAAAAAGAAAGGUGGAUACCAGGCUCUGACUGAAACCUUGCUCUUAGAGAAAACAGUUAAUGAACACUAUGUUAAAAAGAUGAACAAUUUCCUCAAAGAGUUCAACUCCAAACACAAGACUGAUUCACAUUGUCAGGUGGACCUACGUCCUAAAAUAAAGCAGUUAGAGUUGAGAAUAGAAGACUUGGAGCAAAUCUGUGAGAAGGUGUCUCUUCUGGUGCUUGGGGAAGAUCUUGCACUUGAUCAAGAAUCUUUGAACAUGGAACUAGUGGUGCAUGAACUUGAACACACAAGAAACCUUGUAAACAGGAGAAAACUCCCCCUGCAUAGGGCAUAUAAUACUUGUAAAAUAGGCUUUGAAACGGAGAAAACAAAACUGGCUGAAAACUUUCAUCAGAAGGAAAAUAAUUUCCAACAGACAAUUGAUGAAUUAAAUGACAAAAUUACAUUUUUAAGUGAGGAAAUUAAAAUGAUUCAUAAAAAUGAGGACCAGAUCAUUCGUGACCUUGUGGAUGAAAGGGUCAAGGAAAGACUACUGCGCCUCAAUCUUGUGGAACCUAAUUCUGAGGAAUCUACCCCCUCAUCAAUCAACCCUGAAGCCAUGGAUUUCUCCAUUCCUGAUGAAAAAAGUUUUCCCAAAGGUGUUCCACUGAGUACCAGAUCUGACUUCCUAUCACUCUCACCAGAUGAUCCUGCACUAACUUAUACAGAAAGGUCCAUCCAUCUACAGAUAAACAAUGUUGAGAAUUUGCAAUUAAGUCAUCAGGGCAGUAAUUAUGUGAUGCAACAAACACCCUCAAACUUAUGACCAAGUUUAAGGGCUAUCUAAAUCUAUAAUCUGUCAGAGAUG